AGCCCGUUUCUCAAGAGGAGCCCCCCCACCUUGGAGGUACAACUCAGGCUGAAUCCGCUUUGCUGAGGACCAGCCUGGCUGGGAUGUCAUGUUGCGUGGCUUGGAGGUGAUGAGAAACAAAACAGCGUGCGAUAUUUAGAAACUUGGAUGCUUUUACCAGGAUUCCUGGAGCAUUGAUUUUGCGCAGUCUGAAAUGACAAGCAGGAAUUUACUUCUCUGGAUGCUUGUACUCAUUUUAACAACAACAACAGCAGGCUCCCUGUGGUGUGUUUCAUCAAUGAUGGUUUAAGAAAUUGUUGGACUUUUUUUUCCCCCUGCUUAAACUGCCAUUCACCCACAAUGUGAGCGAUCAUUUCCACUCGUCUUAUCUGCAGUUUUAUGAGCACCUCGAGUACGAUCACAGCGGCAGCACGGGUCCAACACGAAACAGAAGACAUAAAAAUGCUGCUGUGGAAUUCUGCAGGUGUCGAGGAUCUGCUAGGGAACAGCAGUAACAACGGGAUGUGGAACGUGGAACAGGUCCUUGUCCCUAUAUUUGAUGUUCUGAUCCUGAUAUUGGGCAUCGGGGGACACACUAUGGUCAUGGUGAUCCUGUGUCGGAGGAGCAGGAGGCGGAUGGGUCAGUCAGGAACCGGUACAGACGUCCUCCUGCUGGCCCUGAGCUUCGCAGAUCUUCUUCUUCUCUCCACGCUUCCUUUCCACACAAGCGCCAUCGCCAUGCAGCAUUGGCCUUUCGGGGACGCCAUGUGUCGUCUGGCUGGCUUUUUGGGGUCGGCCUGCACCUCGGCCAGCGCCUUCACGCUGUCCACCCUGGCAGUGUCGCGCUACAUGACGGUCGUGCACCCCGCCAGAACGUUCCGCUUCCUCUCUCCACGCCAGGUAGCCAUCACAACCGCGCUUCUUUGGGUUCCAGCCUGCUGCCUGGCGACACCCCAGCUGGUGUUUCGUUUUGUGGGAAAUUCUCCAAACAACCCGGACGGCCUUGCUUGCUUCGCUUUCCUGUCCCACAGAGAUCAGCUAAUUUAUGGAUUGAUUCAUUUCCUUGUGGCUUUCUUGCUCCCCCUGAUCACCAUUGCCAUCGCGUACGGAAACAUCUACUUGUUCCUGUGGAGGACCCGGAAUGCUGUUCAAGCUCCACAAGUGGAACGUUACCAGAGCAAGGUUACCCAGACAUCGGUAAUACUGGUCGUGGUGUUUACUCUGUGCUGGCUGCCUUCAUACGGCCUGACGUUGGCCUUGCUAUAUGACAAAAGCUCAGGGGCCACUGGCACGUCACCACGUUACGGUCCAUUCAGCGUGUUUGCGCGACUCAUGGCGAUCGCCUCAACAGUGUUAAACCCAAUCCUCUAUGUGCUCAUCUCCCAAAGGUUCCGACAGGAUGUGCUGAGGCUGUUUAAGAGGGAAGGGCAGAAAGCCAGCGGGGGCAGGGCAGCCUGAUUGACUGUAAUUACUCAGUGGAAAACCAGGAUGCACAAACACUGGGCAGAUCCACAUUACUGCAAACUACAAUUAAUCAUUUGAAAGAAUCCUUGCAAGGAAUGGGCACUCCAGAGUAUUACAUAACGAGCUGUGAAGAAUGUUGCUCUUUUAUGUGACUACAGACAACCUUGAUUUGGUCAUGCAAGCAUUCAGAUGAGAUUUAUUAUAAACACCCCCAGAAAAUGUUGCGAUCAUGUCAAAGAAGCUUUUGUUUUUUGUUCUCAGGCUUCAUACAUCCUGUCUAUCCAAUUUUCCAAUACUGUAUUUAUGAAUAAUAGUGGUAACUUCUGAUGUACUCAGUCAGUAGGUUUAAAACCGGCGCUGCACAAGAAUUGUAAAGGCAGAAUUAAUUUAAUCAGCUCUUGUACUGGAAGUACCUCAAAUUGCGGCUUCAAGUGCAGAUACAAAGCGGGAGCAAUUUCAGAUGAAAAUGUGUUGAAAUACAAAUUAAAAUGAGGAAUGGACGACAGAAUUACGGACUCCUCAUCAAUUGUAUAAAGGAAAUAAGCUGUAGAUACAGCAGGAAAUUAAAUUUGAUAGAAACUGAUUGUUCAACCACACAAAGA